AUGAAAACUAAUUUUUUAUAAACGAUAAUAUAACAAUAGACUAAUGAGCACCCACUACCCGGGAGCGACAAUACCAGCAAUAUAAAAGAUUAUUUAUUUAUUAUUUUUUUUUAAAAAAAAUAAGUAAAUAGGAAAAAAAACAGAAAGGGGGGUAAAAACCAUUAAAAGCCAUGAAACCACUUACUACACUUCCCGGCUUCCCGCGAAAUCCCUAAAAUCCACUCAAGAGUAGCCAAUCAUCAGAAAACCGGUCAAGACAAAGUAUACUAAGCUAGUCGACCAUGAAACCCAUGAGCCAACCAUCGGAAAACCACCAAACCUAAGCUACCAUUACUAAGCGAAUAUCUUGAGGACAAUAUGGGAUCCCAUGUGUAGCGAAAUCAAGUGCAAUGCUCAGAUUUAUCUCCCUUGAAUUGUAUCGUCGCUCCCGUGUAGCGGACUAGCGGGCUAUCACGGCUUUAUAACAAUACGGGGAUAUCGACAUAUAAAUGAGUCAACGACCAUUGUCACUGUGGCUCUUAAACCCCAUCACAAGCCUUUAAACCCUGCGCCAAAACUUCAAACUUUUACUCAUUCUCUCUCCUCUGAAGAAAAUCAAAGGUGCAAUAAUGGAGGAGAGUACCAAAUCCAGCAAUAAAUCAAUCAGAAAUGAAGAAUGGAAAGCUGAACAAUCAAUCGCUGGAAAUUCUGAAGCACUCCAAGCUCUUCGUGAACUCAUCGCUUUUCCUCUUCUAUACUCUUCUCAUGCUCAACUCCUUGGUCUCAAAUGGCGUCGCGGCUUGUUGCUCUUCGGUCCUCCGGGCACCGGUAAGACAAGCUUGGUACGUGCAGUGGUCAAGGAAUGUGAUGCCAAGCUAAUCGUUAUUAGUCCACAUACUGUUCAUAGAGCUCAUGUUGGAGAAAGUGAGAGAGUCCUUCGCGACGCUUUCUCAGAAGCGUCAUCUCAUGCAAAGUCAGGCAAGCCUUCGGUCAUUUUUAUUGAUGAGAUUGAUGCUCUCUGUCCACGUCGUGCUUCCAGAAGAGAGCAAGAUACUCGAUUGGCCUCCCAACUAUUUACACUUAUGGAUUCAAAUGGACCCACAUCAACUACACCUCAGUUUGUUGUUGUAGCAUCAACUAACAGGAUUGAUGCUAUUGAUCCAGCACUGAGAAGAUCAGGACGAUUUGAUGCUGAAAUUGAGGUGACAACCCCUAAUGAGUAUGAGCGCCUUCAAAUAUUGAUGUUGUAUACCAGGAAGCUUCCACUUGAUCCCAGUACUGACUUACAAGCAAUAGCUGCGUCAUGUAAUGGAUAUGUCGGGGCUGAUUUGGAAGCUUUAUGUCGUGAGGCGGCCAUGUCUGCUGUGCAGAGAUCAAAAGCUAUUGUGGAAAAUGAUGAUAUGUGGUGCAUCACAAUGGAUGAUUGGAAGCUUGCAAGAUCUAUAGUUGGUCCAAGCAUAACAAGAGGUGUCACGGUAGAAAUCCCUAAGGUGUCCUGGGAUGAUAUCGGGGGACUAAAUGAGCUGAAGAAGAAGCUUCGGCAGGCAGUGGAGUGGCCUAUUAAACAUGCUGGUGCUUUUUCAAGGAUGGGUGUGUCUCCCAUUCGAGGGAUUCUUCUGCAUGGACCUCCUGGAUGCUCGAAAACCACCCUUGCUAAAGCUGCAGCUCAUGCAGCACAAGCUUCUUUUUUCUCCUUGAGUGGUGCAGAGCUAUAUUCAAUGUAUGUUGGUGAGGGUGAGGCUUUGUUGCGGAACACGUUUCGGAGAGCACGGCUAGCAGCACCUAGCAUUUUAUUCUUUGAUGAAGCUGAUGUCAUUGCUGCAAGGAGGGGUGGGGGUUCAAGUGGCAAUAUAUCCGUUGGAGAGAGGCUUCUGUCAACAUUGCUGACUGAAAUGGAUGGUUUGGAGCUGGCAAAAGGAAUACUUGUAUUGGCUGCCACAAAUCGACCUCAUGCAAUUGAUCCUGCACUUAUGCGUCCAGGGCGAUUUGAUUUGGUACUCUAUGUACCACCUCCAGAUUUGGAAGGUCGAUAUGAGAUAUUACGUGUGCAUACAAGAAAUAUGAAACUAGGAGCUGAUGUCAAUCUUCAACAAAUAGCAGAUGGCACUGAUCUAUUUACAGGUGCUGAGCUGGAGGGCCUUUGUAGAGAAGCUGGAAUUGUAGCGUUGAGGGAGGAUAUAUCUGCAACCAUUGUGAGUGAUCGACAUUUCCAGAGAGUGAAGAAUUCCCUAAAACCUGCAUUAACAAGGAAAGAAAUUGAUUCAUACUCCAGAUUCACGAAAAGUUCAGCUUUGCAAUUGCACCAAGUUCAGUCCAGCACUGAAAAUACCAACAAAAGCUCAGGAAAAAACUAUGUUCCUGUUUCUAUUAGUACAAUCACAAUUAGUGUUGUAAGCUUGUUGGUAGUUGCUGCUGCAAAGUAUUUUCCCUGGAGUACAGACCGAAGUCUGCCUAAAACAACAGCUUCUUGAAAACUAUAGCAUCAUACGAUGUAUCUUACACCAUUACCUUCAAAUCUGAAGGCUGAUAAAAUCUUCAAAUCUAUUUGCAGCCUUUUUUACCCUGUUCUCUUUCUAACUCAUAAAAAUUCCAUAGUAAUACAUGUGUUUUAUUGUUUAUAAAAGGAUCGAGAUCCAUUGGAAGAUGUCGAUUUCAUCAGUUA